AUGCAUCCCAGAGUGAGUUUCGUCGAUGAAAUUUUAGGCCAUGCAGAAAAGAAAUUUCUUAAACUGGUCGAAAAUGAGAACGUGGAAGGUUUGAAACUAAUACUAAAGAGCAAGAAACAGAUCAACUUUGAUUGUUGCGAUUAUAAAGGACAGCGUGCCUUAGAUAUAGCAAUUAAGAAAAGGAAUAUUGUUCUAAUAGAGUUUUUGCUUCAAGAACUUCAAAUUAGUGUUCUUCACUACUAUUGCGCUUUGCUGAGUGCUGUACUUGAAAAUGAUAUUUAUAUUUUGGAAAUGCUGCUUAACAGGAUUGCCAAAACGAAUCUAGAAAGCAGACUGAAGGGUUUAGUUGGAGGUGGAGCUGAAUGCAUUCGAUGCCUUCCAGAAGUUGCCGCUUCUAAUCUAACGCCUCUAAUGACAGCAGCUUUAGAAGGGAAUAUAGAAAUUACAAAAAUGUUCUUGGAAAGAGGUUAUAAAAUGAAGAAACCACACUCACCUAAGUGUUGUUGUGAUGUUUGUUGUAAAAAUCGAGCAAGCACUGGAGAAACUCUAACUGAAUCAAUGAGCCGUAUGAAUGCCUACCGUACGUUAGCAAGCCCUACGUACCUAAUAUUAACAUCCCGAGAUCCAGUAUUAGCAGCUUUCCAAUUAAGUUACGAACUGGAGCAUUUAUCUUGUGAUCUUCCAGAAAACCAGAAAGAGUACAAGGAUCUGAGUCGACAGUGUUCAAAUUUUGCUUCAGAUCUGCUUGACGAAUGCCGAACCACAGAUGAGGUCAAAACUUUGCUUAGUCGAAAAUUUGGUUGCCUGGAUUGCCGACCUCUGAGACUGAAUCGGUUGUUAACAGCCGUCGACUUCAGACAAAAAGAAUUUGUAACUCAUCCAAAUUGCCAGCAAGUGCUGAGAUCCAUUUGGGUGGAGGGUCUUCCAUGGUACUGUUGGACAACUAGAGGUCGAAUAGUUCAUGUUGUAAAGCAAUCACUUCUGAUGCCUGUGAUCUGUAUAGCUUACGUUCAGCGGCUCACCUAG